AAAGGGAUUGUUGAACCAGAGCAACUAUUUUGUCGAUGUCGAUGUCCUUCCUAGUUUAAGUCUAUAAAACUGGAGCACAUUGCGUGUGGCUUGUUAUUCGCGUUCUAUGCUCGUUUACGGCGCGUUCGAUAUUCGGAAAGUGCGGUGAUAUCCUUACAAAUUUCGGACCUCGGCAUGAGAUUAGUGAUUGUGUUAAGUGUGGUGGCGGCAGCCCUAGCUGCCCCAGAAGGAUAUCAUUAUGAACCACCAGCGAUCAGUAGCACUCUUUAUUUCCCGUCGGUGCCUAGUUAUUCACCGGAAGUGGAUGAUUGCGAGGAACCUGCGCCACAGCCUGAGCUAGCAAUUCCACAAUCGCUGCCAGCUUUCGCAAACAUUCAUCAAUCAUCUUACGUACACCAAACUCCGAUAACGACUACAAUUAUCCAGCCGCCGAAAACGCGUAUUGUUCACCAACAAGUGCAACCACAAAUCCAGUCCUAUCACCCACAACAGUCACAAUCCAGCGUUUGGGGUUCAUCGAGUGGACACACGCAGCAAUUGAGCAGUGUUUGGGGAUCAUCAAACACGCAGCAAUCGCACCAACAGUCGAUCAGCUUCGGUUCUGCUUACAAACAGCCACAACAGUCCACCAUCUUGAUUCAGCCACAGGCCAAAGUUGAAGAGGUCUUCAAACACGUCUACGUUCAUCUUCCACCGGAAGAGAAGGAAGAGUACGAAGCGCCGAAGAUUAUUCAGCAUGUUGCGAAAAAGCAGAAACAUUACAAAAUCAUAUUCAUUAAGGCUCCUAACCCACCGGCACCAAAAUCUGUGGUCGUCGCUCCGCAAGCUCAGAACGAAGAAAAAACUCUCGUUUAUGUGUUGCACCAGAAGCCGGAACAUCGCCAGGAAGUGGUUGUUCAAAAUUCGGAACCAGCCAAACAGAACAAACCUGAAGUGUUCUUCAUCAAGUACAAGACCAAGAAGGAAGAACAGCAGCAUCAGGAGAUCAAGUAUGUUGCAUCCACCGUGGCACCUCCAGUUGUUUACAGCGACGAAAGUAGUCUCAAGAUUGUGGACAACGGAGCUACCGGCUAUUCUUCCGGUCUGUCAUCGGGUUCGGGUUACUCUUAUGUCAGCAGUACCUCAGCUCCGAUUUCCUAUAGCACCGGCAGCUCUCAAGACGUCGGCUCGAGCUAUUCCUACGUUAGCAGUACGGCAGCUCCGGUAAUAUACUCUACCGUCAGCACUCUUGUCGAACCGGAGCUGAGUGGAUACUCCACCGCCAGUGGUGACAGUGGUUACGGAUAUUCCAGCGCAGGUAGCAGUGGUAGCAGUUACAGUAGCUUCACCAGCGGAAGUGGCGCCGACACCAGCGGAUACCAAAGCUACAUCGACCUUGGCAACAGCGGUUACUCAGGCUAUUCCAGUGGGGGAUCUCUUGGAGUGAUCAACGUUCAAUCUAGUGAUCAUUCGGGUUUGUCGAGUACCACCGUUGCUCCAGUGGUUCGAGUACAGAGCAAGGGAUCUUCGUACGUCAGCACGACACCACACAGCGUGAUAAGCAGCACGCUGGGAGCCGUUGGUGACGUUGCCGUGAAGAGCUCCGGCCUCAGUGGAUACGCUAGCCGUGGGCGCGGUAAAGGCGCAGCCGCAUCAACCACCAUCGCCACCACCAAAAAGCCCUGCCGCAGGUGCUCCAAAACGAAGAGUGCUCCACUGAAAGUCUACCAAGACGCACUCAUUUCCAAUAAGUUUUAAACGAAAUAUUUAGUUCAAUUUUUUCCACUAGCUCAUAAGUU